AAGUGAAGGGGAGGAGAGGAGAGUGGGAGGAGGUGCGGGUGGGAGUCCCGCAGAAGGAGCUUUUCAAUCCCAACAUGAAUUCCACCCGCAGUUUCUGACAACACACGAGCGAUAUAAGCGGACAUCACGGCGCCUCGCGCAAGCGGAUACUUUCUGAACUCUAUCCCAUCAGCGUCUGCUUGUUUUCCACGGAUGCCCUUAACGUCUUCCUCGUGACUUCAACAUCUCCGAGGAACGGGAUGAGGCGGUAAAUGUCGCGUUUCGCAUCCUUUCGCUCCGGUUGAAGCUGCAGGAGUAUGUGAUCAUGUUGGCGACGCGCUGCCUCCUCCUGUGGGCUGCGGUCACCGCGCGACUCGCCGUGACAGCCUGGGGCAGCAGCAUCAAGCGGGACGGAGCGGAACGGGGACGCGAACAGAGCGCGUAUGCAGAAGAGCUCACGCAGCCUCAGCGACUGCUGCAGCGGACUGACGCGGAGGAGGAGCUGCCGCACGGGCACUUGGGUACUCUAGUAAAGAAUGAUGCUGAUGGAGCGCAUCCCAUUCAUUUGGCUCAGAUCUCGUUCCUGGUGACGGCAUUUGGAAUCCCAUUUGUUCUAGACCUGGAGCUCAAUCAUGAUCUCUUGUCAUCUAGCUAUGUUGAACGGCACUUCGAUGAAGAUGGGCGACCUUUUCAAAGUCUGGGAGGAGAGCACUGCUACUAUCACGGUCACGUAAGAGGAGUUCAGAGGUCAUGGGCAGCUCUCUCCACCUGUCAUGGCCUACAAGGGAUGUUCUCAGAUGGCAACUUUUCAUACGGCAUUGAGCCCUUGCACAACAGCAGUGAUCGGGAUACAAAUACUCAUGUUGUAUACAGAAUGGCAGAUAUCCGGCUGAGGCCAGUUUCCUCAGGAAGAACCACGAACAGCAGUGACUCUGUCAUUAACAAUGACUAUCAUGUUUCUAUGGAGACGAACGAGCCGGAGCUCACAGAUGGGUUGAGACGGGCAAAGAGACAGGUUCGCAGGGGUCCACGCACAGUUCAGAGUGAAACAAAGUACGUAGAGUUACUAGUGGUCAAUGAUUACGAACUGUUUGUACAGAUGCGAAGAUCGGCCCCUCAGACGAGGAACUUUGCCAAAGCUAUAGUGAACAUGGCUGAUGCAAUUUACAAGGAGCAGCUGAACACUAGAAUAGUGCUUGUUGCCAUGGAAACAUGGUCAACUCAGAACAUGGUUUCUGUCGGCGACGAUCCUUUGGUGACCCUGCGUGACUUUAUGAAAUACAGGAAGGAGAAUAUCAAAGAGAAGAGUGAUGCAGCUCACCUGCUUUCGGGACGCACAUUUCAGAGCAGAAGCAGUGGCACUGCCUACAUCGAGGGCAUCUGCACACCAACACGAGGAGGAGGAGUGAAUGAGUAUGGAAACGUGGGACCCAUGGCUAUAACCUUGUGUCAGAGUUUAGGACAGAACCUUGGAAUGAUGUGGAAUAAAAAUCGUGCUACUGCAGGAGAUUGUAAGUGUCCAGAUCCGUGGUUAGGCUGCAUCAUGGAGGAUACCGGAUACUAUCUACCCAGAAAGUUUUCACGGUGCAGUGUAGAGGAGUACAUUCAGUUCCUCCAGCAAGGAGGAGGGAGUUGCCUCUUCAAUAAACCUAACAAGUUGUUGGAUCCUCCUGAAUGUGGCAAUGGUUUUGUGGAACAGGGAGAAGAAUGUGACUGUGGUUCCCAAUUGGAUUGCUCUCGUGCCGGGGGUGCAUGCUGUAAAAAAUGCACUUUGACCCAUGAUGCAAUGUGUAGCAAUGGACUCUGUUGUAGCCGUUGCAAGUAUGAGCAGAGAGGAGUCGUCUGCAGGGAUGCAGUGAAUGGCUGUGAUGUGCCGGAGACAUGCACUGGAGAUUCGAGUAAAUGUCCACAUAAUGUCCACAAACUGGAUGGUUACAUGUGCAAUUCUGGACUGGGGCGCUGCUAUGGGGGCCGCUGUAAAACCAGGGAUGCCCAGUGUCAGGCGCUCUGGGGCCAUAAUGCAGCAGAUCGCAUGUGUUAUGAGAAGCUGAACAUUGAGGGUACAGAGCGUGGCAGCUGCGGUCAGGACAGCUCACACAGCUGGAUUCAGUGCAAUAAACAGGAUGUGUUGUGUGGGUUUUUAUUAUGCACUAAUAUCACGGCGAAGCCACGGUAUGGAGACUUAAAUGGAGAAACCACUAGUCUCACCAUCUAUCAUCAGAACAAGUACCUGGACUGUCGUGGGGGUCAUGCAGUGUUGGAAGAUGGCACUGAUCUCGGGUACGUGGAGGACGGGACGCCGUGUGGCCCUAAUAUGAUGUGCCUGGACCAUCGCUGUCUGCCAGUCACCACCUUCAACCUGUCCUCCUGUCCCGGGUCGUCCUCUUCUCACGUCUGCUCUGAUCACGGGACCUGCAGUAAUGAGGUGAAGUGUAUCUGUGACACAGACUACACUGGGAAGGACUGCAGUGUGUAUGACCCCAUUCCAGACCCCCAGCCUCCAGAUGGUUCAGAGAAGAAUAAAGGUCCAAGUGGUACAAACAUCAUCAUUGGCUCCAUAGCGGGAGCGAUACUGCUGGCAGCUAUAGUACUGGGAGGAACAGGCUGGGGCUUCAAAAAUAUCAGAAGAGGAAGAUCUGGAGGGGGAUAAAGCAUGUCAUCUGCUCUCCUGUGCUUCUGCACUGUGCUCUUUAAACUUUGAGUGAAACAGAAGAAUCUACAGAUGUCUUCCACUUUCUCACCAAACUCCAGUUUCACCCUGUUCUGUCUUUCUGACUUCCUGUUACUGCCUGUCACCUGUUGCCUAGAAGUACAUCCCAUGGUAACAUUUUUUAACUGAUUUCGAUUUUACUGAUGUUGGCUAUUUGUAAUUGGGUUUUCCAUUUAAACCCAGCACAGAAACUGAAAAAAGUCAUCAUUUAAUCAACCUCAUGUUAUUUUGAACCCGUAUGACUUUCUUUAUUUCAUGGGGCAUAAGAAGAUAUGUCGAGCAGAAAGUUCACAUUGUUGAGCUCU